AUGGCGGCAAUUAAAGCGAAUGAGCAAGAUGCGGUCGGAAUGAUUGUACGUAAACAAUCUGAAUUUGAAGAAAAUUCACAUAAUUUCAACAAUAACGGCCCAUCACUCUCCGAUAUGCCAAUUGAAGUUAUUCACAAUAUUGUCGACUACGUGGAUCCAAUUAAUAUACUCGUCAUUCGAAAAGUCUGCCGAAAACUACGGAAUGUACUCGAUGGAGAUCCGAAAUUCAAAGAUGUCCAUCUUCAUCAGCCAACCUCAUUGGAUAUGAACUUUAGUUUGGAACUUGAUGACUCGUGGGUUGACUAUCGUACGAAUGGGUCUGGAUCAGGGCUGGGACUUUUUCGAAAUUCCAUUUCGAAAACGAAAACGAAAAUUUUCGUUUUAAAACACGAAAACGAAAACGAAAACGAAAAUGGCACAAACUGUACUUACGGUUUUUAG